GCAAUCAUUUAGAGUUGUGACUUCGCGAUCUCCAAAUAAAAUAGUUCUCUCUACCCGUAAAGACGCUAUUAAUAAUAAUACCUGAAGCUAAUAAGAUGGCUCCAAUUAUUCAAAAACCUGCUCCAAUGUUUCGUGGAACGGCUGUUGUCGACGGGUCGUUCAAGGACAUAAGCCUAUCUGACUACAAGGGAAAAUACUUGGUGCUUUUCUUCUAUCCGUUGGAUUUCACUUUUGUAUGUCCAACUGAAAUUAUCGCAUUUUCCGAAAGAAUUCAGGAAUUUCGUAAUAUCGAUUGUGAAGUUGUCGGAGUCUCAACUGACUCUCAUUUCACUCAUUUGGCUUGGAUUAAUACUCCAAGAAAACAAGGUGGAUUAGGAAACAUCGCAUAUCCAUUGUUGGCUGAUAAAUCUCUUGAAACAGCUCGUGCUUAUGGCGUUCUUCAAGAGGAAUCUGGAAUUUCCUUCAGAGGCUUAUUCAUCAUCGAUGGAAAUCAAAAUUUGAGACAAAUAACCGUCAAUGACUUGCCUGUAGGACGAUCUGUUGAUGAGACUUUACGUCUUGUUCAAGCUUUCCAAUACACUGAUGUGCAUGGCGAAGUUUGUCCAGCCAAUUGGAAUCCAAAAACCGGAAAUUCCAAAACGAUGGUUCCUGACCCAACUCGCUCAAAAGAUUACUUUAAUAGCGUUAACUAAAUUACUCACGAUGCAUGGCAUCAAACAACCCCAUAGAUAAAACAAUCUCAUUUGUGAAUCUUCAUUUUACGUAAUCUUCUGCAUAGCAAUCGGAAUAAGCCAUCAGUAUUGAAAAUAUCAAAGAAAAAAAAGCUAUUUAUGGAAAUAAAAAUUUUCAUUGUUUAACAACAUCAAA